AGGGAGACGGCAGUAGAAUUUCCCUGACUUCACUACCUCCAUUCUGAUUCUGUUUCCCUAAAUAGUACCUACCGCCCUACUUUCCGGUUCCUCUUGCGGGGCCUCCCCCUACAGAACCUGUUCAACAUCUAAAAAAAUCAAAAUUAACAAAACUGAAUCAUCAUGCUGUUCUACUUCACGAUUUUGAAUACAAACAAUGGUCGUGGGAAGCAAGAAUUGCAAUCUUAAGAAUGUAGAAGUCCAUUUCCACCAAAAAUUGGUAUUUCUUCAUUACCUACAUAAAAAUCAUAUGAUGAAUGAAUGAUUUAUAGUUGUACAAAAACACUCGAUCUGAACGAAGUAGAUUUUUAGAUAGUAGUCUAGCCAUACCCAUUAUAUCAGUGGUCACCCUGCAUCUUCUACUCCUCUCAUGAGUCUACUAGGGAGCAACGAUCAAUGCCCCUGUUGUUCCACUGAAAAAUUGUGUAUCUACUUCUUGCGCAAAUUAUGCUCGAGACCGCCAUACACAAAUGAGAAAUCCAGAGACCCAGAGGUUGAGGCGAGAGGAGAUAGGCAAUCAAUUUUUGAGGUGAUUAUUUGAAUUAUUUAUGUUUGUUGAAGAAGAUCUUCAGGUCGAUCAGGUUCUUCAGGAUUAUGCGCUAGUCGUGCUUAGGUUCACCAGGUAAAGAAGAUUGAUAGGUGGCUGUAGUUUGGUUUUGCGUAGGUUUUGCAGAAGUGUCAAGCUUAAAUAAAUGUCCUCAUGUUAAUAUUAGAAAGUAACAAGUUUUGAAUUCGAAGAGGUCCUUCUCGACAAGGUAGCAGCAAAUCGUGUAAUAUUGUUAUGCAGAAGAUGAGCCGAUGGUCCUUUAAACCUAUAGUCUUUAUGUAGUUCAUGUGUGUAGCUUCUUUUCAUUCAAUUUUCCUUUUCGAAUUCUACUUGCUUCCUCACCUAAAAAAUCAACCUAUUCUUGUUCAUCUAUUUUUUAUUGAAUCUUCGUCGUGACUUGUGAUUAUCGUCUUUAUCCGAUUUUCAUCGACUUGACGUGAAUAGCACGACGCAGAGCCAGAGGAGGUAAGGUGGUGGUCUUUUGUAGUUGAGUGUGACGCCGGUCUACACAAUUUAUUAAAUUUUGUGAAAUUGUCCUGCACCUGCUGAGUUGGAGGGCAACUACUUCGUGGGAACAUCAGUCCUCGUGGAGCAUCAAGAACAAGCAAACGAAGGACCUCCUCCACGACGAUGACGAACAAGAGCUAGAGCACCACCAGCAGGAGGGGGAGCAGCAGAUGAAGGAGGAGCAAGAAGACGAUGUCAUUUCGUUCAUCAAAUGAUCCAGAUGAAUUAUUGAUGUCUUCAACGAUUGCGCACCAGGACCUUUUAUUUCAGCACCUCCAGCGAGCUCCUCGACGACCAUCUUCACCUCUACCACGACGAUCCUCACCUCCUCCUCAAUGCAGCGGCACCAUAGUUCUAGUAGAAGAUUUAUUGACCUCCAAGAAGAAGAACGUCCAGGUUCAGAAGAUAGUCUCAGUCACAACUGUCGCGACGCACUCGUGCUGCAGAGACACCCACAGAAAGAUCAUGAAUAGUUACAGGCUCUUCAUCUUGGACUUGGCUACUUCCUCCUCUAGCCCUCUUUCUCCUAAUGCUCCUCAAUAUCAGACGAAAAGAAAGACCCUAAAAAGGAGACGUCCCAUAAGCAGCACAGCUGCACACCAACCCGACCAUCUGCACUUGUUGUUGUAA